CUCAAAUAUUGAUUAAUAUGAUAGAGCUGACGUAGGGGAGUUUCCUACAAAAACAUCUUUGCAGACGAGACUACAAUGCUAACUCUAUGUUUCCGCUAAGGACAACAAAUAACUAAAACUAGCUUCGUAAGAUGUGGAUACACCGUGACAAUCCAUCAGAUCAGAAACCUAUAACUUGCUAAUAGGUUUCGAAUCUGAUGUAACAACGAUUCAUGAAAUGUGCGCGACACUCAUAAAAAAUCAUUCUCCCGCAAUUGGUUCGGGAUUUCCCGCCCAAACAGCUCCGGUUCCUGGAUAAUCGACCAUGAAGCAGACAAUGGUUGCUUGUUAGAUUUUAUCUUAAUUUCAAAUUUCUACGCUGAAAGGGUAGGUUGAUCAAUAUGUGGAAUAAAAGUGUCGUGGACAAAACUCACUGCAUGUUGACAUGUAAUGGCGCUAACAAUUUGCAUUCUAUGUUUAACGUUCUCGGCAGUUUUUGCGAGGUAUCCGCUGACCACUCGCCGUGGGAAAAAAUAAUUCUAGAAUAAUCACUUAGUGACGUCACUAUACAAUUAAGUGAUUAUCAUGCCCCAGGUCUGCUUAGUUUAGCAUUCUUAUCCUAGCGGACAUGUAAUGUGCUAAGCUUUAUUCGUGAGUAUAAUUGUUGCUAACAAGGAUAUUUGAUUCGGGGUUUGUAAGAAAAGAGCUAAAGAAAGAAAAGUUACUGUACUAAAGGUGCGCGCGCAUGGCGCGACUUCCCGAGAGGGUGCGCAUUGCGCGCCAACGUCGCCGAGAGAAGAGGCGACCACAAGGCACACUCGCGCACGCGUGGUUCACUCUCGUGAGCCUGUUCAGAUAUUGUGUGUGGACCGGGGGAACUAGAGACGUCGCCUCAGACGACGAUGAGUAUCUACCUGGCAGAAGUCACGCGCCUUGCACGGGUCUACAGGAUACAUUACAGGAUCUGCAGUUAGCAUCGACAUCAGAGAGGGUCGUUGUACCUCCUACGCCCGCCAGUUUUUAUAAAAAAGGAAAACCAGUGAAUCCCAGGAAGGAUAGAAUAAGUCAGACGUCGGGCUUCGAGGAGGGGAAAGCUAAAGACAACCAUAAUCCUCCUAGGCCCACAAGUAUUCAUGGGAAAGGAAAAGAAUCUAAUGCCGGGAUAGGAUGGAUAGGUGUCUCGGGGUGCGAGGCGGUCCAAGCUAAAGACUACCCAGAACUGCCGACGCCCAAGAGCAUUUAUGGCAAAGGGAAAGCAGCGACUGUUACGAAGAACAGGGCAAGUGAAGUCACAGCGGUCAGAACUGAUAAUCCACCAGAACUUCCUACACCCGCAAGUAUUUAUGGAAAAGGAAAAAGGACAAAAGUAUCGGAUACCCAAGAAACAAAACCCAAAACAACACAACUGAGUUCAGGUAUGACCCAAAGAGAUAAAAUUUGCUCGGCGGUCGAAGAAGCCAACUCGAAGUCAUCUCCAAAUCAUUCGCCUAUCGCUACCUCUUCCUUGACAAAUAACUUGUUGAAACAAGAUGGCUGUCAGAAUAACAAACAACAGAAAUUCUCAGCAUCGGGCAGCGCGACAAAUUCAUCUACAACUGCUAUUAAACCAAACAACACUACCGCCAUUACUGACAAUGAAACAUCCGCUGCCAUCAACACCAUCACUGUCAAGACAGUCGGAGACACAGAUACGGGCAGAAUCAUCACGAUUCCCACUACUCCAAUUGCUUCUAACGCCAUCACCACCGUGCAAAGCAAAUCUCCCACUUGGACGUCUAACGCUUGUACAAACACCACCGGUUUAAUCGCGGUAAGAACAGCUGCCACAACUAUUCCUGCGAGUGCAACUGUUUCCAGUAUCUCCACCACCGCAAGCGCAUCCACCGCACCAACGAACCCUAGCUUUGCCACCACCACCGUCACUGCAACAUCUAUCUGUGCAUCUACUCCAGUCACCCAGAUCACCCCAGCACCGUCAAAGUCGCUUGCAAGCGUGUCAACUUUGUCUACAGUUGGCUCCGCCAAAAUCAAUAAUCACAGCUCGAGCACCAGCGCAAGCAAGCCGAAGAAGACCCGGAAGAACUGGAUCACUGGACGUUGGGAGGAGGAUAAUACUACCUUCGCCGAGGCCUGGUUGGAUGAGAACGGUCAGUACAAGACUAAUCCGAUGCUUGGCAUUGAAUAUUUCUUCCUUGUGGAUGUGCUGAAUAUCGGGAUAAAACCGCGACUCGCACAAGGGAACAUGAUGAAAAUGCUGCCUUCAGCCAGACCCGCACCGGAUGCAGCAAGCUCGACAUCGGACCAUUCAAAAUCUAGCGCCGAGGCUGUGCUUAAGUCAUCAGCUUCGAGUACGAGUAAAGAUGAUCCUACUCCUGCGAAGUCCAGCCCAGAACCAGAAGCGCUGGCAUCUUCGUCAAACAAAAGCGUCUUUGCAUUCUUGAAGAAGCUUCGACCAUCGAGCUUGAAGCACCGAAAGGUCACGCCAAUAUGCGAGCUGCACGUGAGGCCGUCCUCAGCAAGCGGCCGACUGGAGGGCCAUUAGGGGUUCUCCGAACAGGCCACCGUCCGGGCCAGAUGCUCCUUCCUGUAGGUUUUUCGGCAGCCAAAGGCUUAAGCCUUUAGAGCGGUGAUAAUAAAGCAGUGUUUCACCAUCUCAUGGGAGGAAAGGAUGCCGAAUAAUCUACCAAAUAAUUACCUAAUAACCUUCUCAAAGAAUAGAUAUUUACUUCAGGUUCAUUUUAUUCAUUUUCCUAAUAACGUACAUUGGAAUUCCUUCUUAUAUAGACUGGCAUUGUAUUUGAAUUUCUAGUCUUUUGCUCUAAGUCUUUCGCAUUUUCAGUUCUCAAGCAGGCUUUCAAGAAGAGAUCGAGGAAAUCGUCACUGAAGUCGCAGGCGUAGUGCUCACACAAAGGCAAAAGCUGAUAUGAUUUAAGAAGGAUGGAGGGGAAGCGGUAGUAUAGAGGUAUGCAUUCAAAAUGACCAACCAAUCCUCUCAAACAGGACCAAAAAUAAAAAUAUUAUUUGACAAGAUACUAAACGAAUCACCCAUCAGAUUCUUAAUCUUCUUUCUGUUUGCAAAUGUUUUAUGACUUCGCGACCAUAUUUUAUUAAGAACUUUAAUACCACUUUCGGUUUGCAAAUGUUUUACGACUUCGCGACCAUAUUUUAUUAAGAACUCUAAUACCACUUUCGGCAGAUAUCUGAUCGCUUCUUCUAUUUUCUAAGACGAUAUAUUGAUGACCCGAUUAACACAAUGUCAAUUUUCAGACCGCAGUAAGCCCGAUUCCUUUCAAAGAUAGGGCUUUGAAUUUAUUCACCUAAAAGAAGAUUUCUUGCUCUACGAGGUGCGAUCACAGUUUGCCUCGAUGUUUAUAUAGGCUGACCUUGUCAUUGUACAAAUCAUAAGCGUGUCAGCCGGGGUCAGCCUCUAGAAUUUUCGACUCGAGACUGCAUCUCGAAUGAAUACAUGCUUGAAUAGUGCAAAUAUCCCCAGUGCCCUUAGGAAUUGGGUGGCGUAUGGCGUCUUCAAUCAGCAAUUGGCAAGGGUUGAUGAUUAGUAAGUCAUAUGUCUAAUUUGGUUUGUAUGUUAUGCUUGGGUCAAAGCUGAAUUAUGAAUUAUACGGCAUGACUUAUACUAGAGUUCAUUAUUGUUAUAGAGGAUAAAGUUUGCUUAUGGAUGUUAAACGUGUUCCCGUGGUUCAGGUAGCGUGUAGUUCUGGCAGGUGGGCCGGGUUCUACUAGUGAUUGGACGUGGCGAAUGUGUGUUUGCUUUUUUGUAGACUCUAUCAAGUGUUGUUAAUGGUCUACUGUAAAACUGCGAGAAAAAGCCGAAAUUAAAAGCUAUUACAAUUCUUGGGUUCUGUCACAUGAAUGGUAAAAAAAAGAUAAACGAGUUCGCGUAUAUUUCCUUCCCUCUUGAUUUUAGCCAUAUUGUAUAGGACAUUAUUUCUAUGAGGUCGGUGAGAAUUGUUUUUUUGUCGUUUUUUUUUUUAUUUUAUUUCUUUUUUAUUUUUGCGCUUGUGCCUGGUAGCGACUGCAAGUUUGUAAGUUUAAUGACGACACGCAAAGGAGUGGUGCCUACAUCCGGGAUACUUACAUCGUUGCACGCUGAGCUCUUGUCAAGUGUAUCUAGUGUGAGUCACGUGCUAGAGACACGUGACUGGUGCUCAGCGGGGCAGGGCGAGUCGGUAUGAGGUUAGUAGUUGUGUCGUGAGUUUAAGGUAAAUGAGGUAAGUUGGGCGUUGUUUUCUUACCAGCGCAGUAAAGCUUUGGAAGUGUCACUUAGUCAUUAAGUUAGAUAUGUAUUUAAGUUAAAGUCAUGUAAUUUAUAGUAUCCCUAGUUAAAUCUCAGGCAAAAAACGCAGAGAAGAAGACAUUUUGUUUUUAGAUAGACGACUUGAUGAGAAGUUUUUGCAAAAUAGAACAAAUGCUAUAAAUCCACAAAAGUAAGAAGAAAGAAGCUUCUGAGAAGAACUCGCGUCUUCAGGUUUCGGCAUUUUUUACAUUUUUACAUUGUGGAAAUGAAGCAUGUGGCGCAAAGGCGUUUGCCUGUUGUGUCCAUGUGGCUAUGGAAUGUGGAAGGAAGGAGAGGGAAAAGGAAGGACUUUCAAUAACGCCAAUUAGAAGUAAUUUAGGAAAAUCAUUGUGUCUUUGGUGAGAUGUGUUGACUUUGAUUAGAUGUGUGACUUUGAGGAGAUGUGUUGACUUUGAUGAGAUGUGUGACUUUGGUGAGAUGUGUUUCUUUGCGAGGUUGAUCUUUGUGUCUGUAUUUGUGUCCUGUAGGUGUUUUCGACAUAAGCCAAAGUUGAUUUUUAGGAGCAUUUCAAGAUAUAAAAACUUGAUUCUGGGCGGGUAAGGAUACAUUUUAGAUGGGGCAUUUUCUGGGGAAAUUUGUUUUGUUUAUAAUAAUUUAUUCCCUUGAAAAGUAUGAAAAGAGGUAGAGAAGUAAAGAUUACAGAAGUAAAGAACUGUGUUUGAUCUAUGAACACAAAAUUGCCUGUUGCUUUUAGACCAUGUUUGUGGUAAAAUGUGAUCGUCCUUGUAAAGAUUGUUCACCAUGAAAUAUGAAGAAAGGAAAAAAACUGGGAAAAACUGCCCUAAAACGCUAAAGAUGCACAUAUGGUCAUUUCAUUAGCAAACAUGAGCGAGAUAUUGAAUCUUUAUUUUGGUCCUGUUCUGAGGUAUUCGAAAUACACAACACUACCAGCCUUCCCUCCUCUAUUGCGCAUGCGUAUAACGGAAUGUGCGUCUGCGAACACUCAGUACAAAAUCCUCGUUCUCACUACGUCAUUUUGAUGUAUUGUGUCACUUUACAAUAGUUUCGAUGUAGUAAUUCAGGAUUGUAAAUAGGUGCUUUUUAAAACAUUGACACAUAAAUGGAACCCUGUUGUUAUAAUAAACUUGUGGAUGUCAUGUA